AUAAUUAUGGCAUUGCCGCUGUGAAGGAGGGAGGGUCCUCUGCGGUGUUCCUUUCACAUGUUCUUUCGCCUCAAAAUGCAAAAUGGCUGCUCCCGAUGGUGAAUGGGGACAGGAUGGAUCGUUCUAUGACAACUUUAGCACAAGCAGUGGACCGAGUGAUUUUGGUGGAUCAUAUGGUGGUGGUAGAAGGUCUAACAGAAAUGGCGGAGGUGGAUUCAAGCAAAGAGGAGGUGGUCAGGCUGAUUCUAGACUUCCAACCGAGGCACCAUUUACAGCAUAUGUAGGAAAUCUUCCUUUUAACUGUGUACAGGGAGAUGUUGAUGACAUUUUCCGAGAUCUCAAGGUGCGAAGUGUAAGACUGGUGAGAGACAAGGAAACAGACAAAUUCAAAGGUUUCUGUUAUGUGGAGUUUGAAGAUGUUGAUUCACUGAAAGCAGCUCUUGAAUAUGAUGGAGCUGAAUUUGUUAAUCGAAACUUGAGGGUUGACAUAGCAGAAGGUCGCAAAGACAAAGCUGGAAGAGGUCGUGGGAGAGGAGCUGGUGGAAAUAUGGGCGGUCGUUCAGGGGGUUUCAGCAGAGGCUUCGAAAGUAGAACACCUGACCAAGGCUUCGCCGGGAGGCAGGAACAAAGGUUUGCAGGUAGAGGAGGUGGCGACAGAGGCUUUGGCGGUGGCGACAGAGGCUUUGGCGGUGGCGACAGAGGCUUUGGCGGUGGCGACAGAGGCUUUGGCAGGGAUCAACGAACGGGUGGACGCUCCGGUGGUGAUUUUGAGCGGAGAGAGAAGAAGUACGAAGAAUUCAAAGCACCCGAGCCAGAAGAAUUGUUAUUUACAACAGCCGAUACAAGUGGACGACCAAGGUUGAAGCUUUUACCACGUACUGUUAAGGAUCCGGUAAAUGCAUUGGCGGAUUCUGUCCAGCAAAGUAGCAUUUUCGGUGGUGCGAGACCUCGUGACGAGAAACUUUACGAAGACCAGCUGUAUUCCGAGAAAAUGAAAGAGAAACUCGGCGAGCAUGAAGAAGAUGCUGAUGAUGAUGACAAGGAAGAAAAGGAGUAGCAAAUGCCAUCGCGAUAUCAAACCUUUUAGGGCUGUCUUUGACUGUAUUUUCUAGAAAAUUAUUCUUGUUCAGAGCAUUAAAAGCUAAGGUAGCUAGAGGCUUUGCACUUUCAGCUGCUUUUAAGAAUUUGCCAAAUAACACGGCCCUUGCGGUAUCGAUUUUAACUGAUAUUGAAACCGAUACAAUUUUGUUUCUAACUUAAAUUCAAUUUGACGCUUAUAAUGAAAAUUUUGAGUUUGGAUUCCAUAUAGACAAAAUUUUUGGCUUCGGUUUUCCGAAUGGAAAUUUCGAUAAAGAUGUUAUCGCAUCUGUUGAUUUCAUUUAGAAUUUUAGGUUAUUUGAAGUUGUAGCGGUCUAUAAAGAGUCAGUUAUGUUUAAAACAUAAGUUGUAAAUGGCAA